CGAUUCGAUUGGAGAAGGAAGAGAUUGAAAUUGCAUGGAUAAGCCAAAAGCACCGUUUCCCCAAACCUCAGCUCUCUUGCGCAGCCGAUUGUCGACGUGUCUCAUUCUGUUUCAAGGGUGGUGGCUGUGAGGCUGGUUGUUUCGCCCAUCUAAUUGGGGGUGGAUUCACCGGAUUCGCCUAUCAUCCAUGUCGGGUUUCGCGGAUUUCGAUGCCGGUCAUCGUGACUUGGUGUCGGUGACAAAGUUCAAUUUCUAUGGCAAUCGCAUUCUAACGGCGUCUACCGACCAUCGCAUGAAAGUCUGGGACCAGAAGGAUGGAGAAUGGCGAUUAGUAGAUACAUGGCGCGCCCAUGACGCGGAGAUCCGCGAUGCGACUUGGAAUGGACCUUUUACUGGCCAGCACAUCGGCAGUGUGGGUGAGGAUAUGAAAUGCAAGAUAUGGCAAGAAGAUGUUACGCAGCCUCUGAACUCGGGCCGGCGUUUCAGAUCCAUCUUUCGCCUGACAGCGCCGCAGCGCCACCCGUUCGUUUCCAUCGACUUUCGCAACAUUGAUCUUGAAUCAUGGCUCGCAGUGAUCACGCGCGACGGGUACCUAAUGGUCAUGGAACCGGUCAGCCCGGACACCCUUGCGGAUUGGCAGCCAUUGGAUCAAUUUCGUGUCUGUAGUGCCCCCCAGAGAGGGGAGGAAACGAGCUUCAAGGUCCAGUUUCACCACGAUCCCACGGAUAUCACUCAUUCAGUUUCACCCUCUUGGGACAGAAAAAGUCUUUCCCUCGUCGUGGCAGCUAUGGACAGUGUUAAAAUAUACCGUACCGAUGCCAAUCGACGCUUCUACCAUGCGAUCGAGUUAAGUGGCCAUGGCGGUCUUGUCCGAGACAUUUCCUGGGCCAAUGGCUCGGUUCGUGGAUACGACCUAAUUGCAAGCGGUUGUAAAGACGGGUUCAUUCGUGUAUUUGAGGUCUACACCUCGCCUUCUGACACUAAGAACAAGAAGCAAAAUGGUAGUCAUGCUCGAUCGAUUUCGCAGUCGCUAUCAAUACGCACGCAGGCCCAGUCAGGAAUCGGAUCGGCUUUAGCAAAUCACGCCCCUGCUGCUUCUCUUUCCGACCGUGCGGCAACCGAUGAUUCUAACUUCAAGCAUACAUCUAAGGAAGUCGCGUGUAUCGAUAGCAAACACCUUGAUGUGUGGCAAGUGGGCUUUUCGUACGCCGGUGACUGUCUCAUCUCCUCGGGCGACGAUGGUGCUGUGCGCUUCUGGAAAAAGUCCCUUUCAGGGCAAUGGCUAGAAUAUGCCGAGACUGAUAUGGCCCAUCAGUAAUUUGCAUCCCUGGUUGGAAUAUGUUUGACCGAUGAUCAGAGUGUCGACACGGAGUAUUUCUAUUUCUCUAUUAUGGGUAAUAGCUUCCAUUGGCUUUCCUGGUCUUUGAACGCUCUUUAUCAUUCGUGGUAUUCCUAUACCCUUGUUCUCUUCUCAUAUUUCUCUCUUCAAGUUCGAAAUGGCGUUUAUUAUGACUC